AUGGGGGACCGAGGAGGGCAAAAGCGAAAGCUCGAGGAGCUUGCGAAAGGGCUGGGUGACUUGAAGACUGUUCAGCAGCAGCAACAGGAGCAGUUGAACUCGCUGCAAACCCGUGUGGACCGGAUCGAGAAGUCAACAACGUUGGUUAUCGAACAUUCGGUACAGGUGGAAGCAGCAUAUAAGCAAGCCGAGGAUACCCGUGACUUCAAGAGGCUGUCGAAGCUAGCAGCAGAAGCCCUCGGAGCUGAGCUCGGACCGAAGGUCCAGUUGCCGUACCCCCUGCCGACGGAGAGUCCAGAACAGUGGAGCACUGCUGAGGAGGGGCGUCCGCCCCAGGCGGUUGCGACGACGUGGUGGGCGUUCAUCACGGCCCUUUUAGUAGGGACGAGAUUUGUGCUGCCCAACAAGUUGAGGUCCUGGAGGGACCCCAAUACGAACCAGCGUGUGAGAUCGCCAGGACACUUCCUGUUUAAGCUUGAGUUCGGGGACCUGUCGUUUGCUGUGGCGCGUGCGCUGCAGGCUGGUUUGGGAGCACAUAUCAACCAGUGCAAUCGUGAGCGCCGUGAGGCCGGUGAAGGAGACCAGUUGACAGUCUUCAUACAUCGCACAGCUGAGGAGCAGCAGCGCCGAAAUCGCAGAUCUGACAAUUCGAAUGGAAACCAAGGUAAUCAGGGCAACUGA